ACCCCGCCUUGGGUCCAUUCAUCUCGGUUGAGAUAUGGGUGUUGCCCCUGUCAAUCAAACUCCUUCUCGUCGAAGGCUCUCUCACUGCUCCUCCGCUUCCUGGCCUCGCCGCACCUCUUUCUGACAGCUACUAGUACCGCUUUCUCGAAGACAACUGGACCGUAGAGAAUCCUCGUUGUGGAAGAUUAAGAAAUAGCCUUUUUUUUUGUUUUGUCGGAUUUAUUCAUUGUCCCGACUUCGAAAGUUGUUUAUCGGACGAGAGACGGAUGGUUUUGGAAGUCGUUCUGAGGGAUACGAAAGUGUAAAGGAAGGUUUUAUUUUCUUUUUUUUGUCUUUUUUUAGACCCUAACACAGUAACAUAAAGAGACAUAUCUACUGUUCAUGGCUGCUGGGGAAGGUGCCCAGCUGCCGGCAACAAUAGCGGCCAGCCGGUGCGUGGAGAAGUCGCUCGAGGAAGCUACCGGGAGCGGUGCUCUGAACUUGUCGAACCGUAAAUUGAAAGAGUUUCCCCGAACCGCCCGGAACUAUGACUUGUCCGAUAUUACGACAGCCGACCUUUCUAAGAACCGUCUGUGCGAGCUGCCAGAGGAGCUGUGCCAGUUCAUCUCCUUGGAGACGCUCAGCUUGUACCACAACUGUGUUCGCUCCCUCACCCCCGACCUCUGUCACCUACAGGCUCUCACCUACCUCAACCUCAGCCGUAACCUCCUCUCCAGCCUGCCCCCCUCGAUGUGUCAGCUCCCCCUCCUGAGAGUCCUGAUCGUCAGCAACAACAAGCUGUCAGCCCUGCCCACCUCCAUACAUACCCUCACGCACCUCCGACAGCUGGAUGUGAGUUGUAAUGGCCUGCAGUGUUUGCCUGUGGAGCUGGGUCAGCUGGAGUGUCUGAGAGACCUCAACUUGAGGCGGAACCAGCUCACCACGCUGCCAGAGGAGUUGUCCGAGUUACCCCUGGUCCGGUUAGACGUCUCCUGUAACCACAUCUCCCACGUGCCCGUGUGUUACCGCCACCUGCGUCAACUCCAGACCAUAGUCUUGGACAACAACCCCCUGCAGCAACCGCCUGCCCAGAUCUGCUCUAAGGGGAAGUACCACAUCUUCAAGUUCCUCAACAUUGUGGCCUGCAAGAGGAGCCAGGAGGAGCUGGAGAGAGCCCUGAGACCUACAGGGUUUAAUAGCUGUCUGUCGGACCAUGAGCUGUUCUCAGGUCAGUUUGGAGGUUUGGACUCUGGCUUCAACAGUGUGGACAGCGGCAGCAAGAGAUGGUCUGGGAACGAGUCUGCAGAUGACUUCUCAGAGCGGUCCCUGCGUAUGGCUGAGCUCACCAGAGACCAGAGGAACCUGGAGGAAGAGGUGGAGGACGACUCUUCCCUCACAGAGACCCCAGACACGGUGAAUGGGGAGGCCAAGCGGGUGGAUGUCAUAGCGUCACCGAGGAGCGUCACCGAGGAGAAAGAAGACUGCAGGACGAAUCGUCCCUCUCCCCCUCUCACAGCGCCCCCGCAGGAGAACACAGCGGAAUCCUCACCACCACCCCAAACACAAGACUCUUCUAGAAGCAGUGUGGAGGUAGGAGGGGGGCCGUCACACCCGUCCCCCUCCAGUCCCACCCUGGAGGAGAGGAGGAGACCAGGUACCCUGCUCAUCUGGCAGGAGAGAGAGCGAAUUCAUCAGCAGAGAGACAACACGGCCAGAGACAAUGGUUUACUGAAGAUUACAACGGCCAAAACAGGAAGUAAUGUGGCGACGCUGUCACAGACAGGAAGUAGCUCGAGUGGUAGCUCACCAGAGAACAACCACUCCCAGAACGGGCUCAGACAACGAUGUGCGAGUGCAGAUCAGAUGUCACUGUCUCAAACAGCACCUGUUCAGCGCUCUGUUAGCCGAUCAGACGUUCCGUCGUCUCCCAAGGCGUCGUCCCCUCCAGGCCUGAGUCAGAAACCCAACAGUUUCCUGUUCCGCACCUCGUCCCGCUGCAGCGUCAAGAGUCAGUUCUCCAUCUCAGGCUCCACACAGAGUCUGGUGGAGGCAGGCCGCUCUGAGUCUCGCUCCGUGUUGAGGCCAGAUGUAGUACAGCUACGUAAGACUCUGGAGUCGAGGUUAAAGACCGUCCUGCCAGAGGAUCUAGGUGAGGCGCUGUCCAAUGGAACGGUCCUCUGCCAGCUGGCCAAUCACGUGCGGCCUCGCGCUGUGUCCAUCAUCCACAUUCCCUCCCCAGCAGUGCCAAAGCUGAGCUCGGCCAAGUGUCGUCUCAACGUGGAGAACUUCAUCUCAGCCUGUCGUAGGCUGGGGGUCCCUGAGACGGAGGUGUGUGUGUUGUCUGAUGUGUAUCUCUGUAAGCUGCCUGCUGUGCUGCGCUGUGUGGAGGCCCUGGUGAAAUGUGAGGUAGAGGGGGACAGCCCCUACAGCCCCUACUCCUCACUGCUCUCAGAGGGCUUCUUGGUCUUCUACAGCCUGGUCAUGAUCCUGCUGUACACAAUGUACUACCACCUGGUCUCAUAGAUACUGAGCACUCUGUUCUACACUACUACCACCUGGUCUCAUAGAUACUGUGUGUGUGUGUGUGUGUGUGUGUGUGUGAGAGAGAGAGAGCUCUCGGACUGAUGUGAAUUUGACCACCUAAUGCGAACAUUCACAGACAACCUGGACUUAAAUAAUCCACCAUGAUUUCAUAAACACACACACACACACACACACACACACACACACACACACACACACACACACACACAGCUGUCCUGGCAUGAGGUAUGCAGAGUGAGAGACGAGCCUCACAACACAGGAAGGACUGUCAGCUGCCCCCUCCAGCCUCACAGCUGCUGUCAAAGACGUACCCAACGUGACAACAGUACACACACACACACACACACACACACACACACACACACACACACACACACACACACGGCCACAGCAGAACACACAGUGUGUACGUACAACAGCUGGUGUGGUUGAGCACAACAUGGAACCAUGUGAUUCAUAAAACAACCACUGAAAUCAUGUCCUUUAAAGUUGAGAGAUUGGCUCUGGCCCAUAUUGACGUCGUCUGACAUACCCUUUAGAUAAGAGGGCCCUUUUGAACAUCACAACCUCUGUGAAUAAUUAGCAGAGAAAUACAUUUUAGUUAAACUGUUAGUCACAUUUCUAUUUUUAAAGGGCUUCCCUACAUGACUGCUGUUUCCCCUCUAAUGCACAGCAUGUCUCUGUCUCUGUCUGACGAUGUCUCUGUCUCUCUGUCUGACGAUGUCUCUGUCUCUCUGUCUGACGAUGUCUCUGUCUCUCUGUCUCUGACGAUGUCCUGUCUUCAGUGAGGGAAAACGCCCUGUACUCAGAGAAUUGGGAACACACGUUGUAACCUUUUGAGGAGAUUACAAAACAGGAAAGGACAACGUUUAUCAAAUAAAAUAAGAGGACAUUUUGUGACCUAGACUCCCAACAUUUUGCUGAAAGGAUUAAGACAUUAUUCUCAUGGAAGCCAUUUUGGGGGGGAAAUGAGACCAAUCAUUGGUGCCUGUUAUAUCUGCCAGUAAGAGUACUCACUGACCAACGCCUUCCACUGGUUUCUGCCUGCCAUGUCUGACCGUGACCACCAGGGAGCGGUGUUGCUACACACUACAUUACACCGACUGCUAUCCCCGAUGCUUUUUUUUAAAACCUGAUGGUACAGAAACAUUUCCAAGCUUGUAAUGAUUUAUUUUACUUAUUUUUGUUGUUUGUUUGGUCACCGGCUUAACAUGCUUCAUGUUUGUAAAAAUGUAAACAACUAAUUAAAUUAUUUUUGUCUUAUUUAUAUAUUUUUUUUAAAUGUGUUUUUUAUUUUCUGUUUGUUGCAGUGCUUGGGGGAAAGAGCAUUGGCCUCAUAGAUAAAAGCUAACUGAAAUCAAUUGGUUUAAUUCGCUUCCUGAUUGAGUCAGAUUACUGGUUGUAGCCUUGUUCAAUGUUCAAUGGGACCACUUCUCCAAAGCUCGCACGAAUAAACAUUUAGAUAAAGGUAA